UUUAAAACUCAACUUUUAUUUUUAGCCACUCAAUUAGUCACUACGAACUGUAAUUGAAAUUCAACUGUAUCGAAACAAUACAGUCAUUUAGUGAAGCAGAAAUUAUGAGUAGGCGACGAAAAUGCAACAAAUCGGUGGAAUUCGAGAAUGAGAGUGUAGAUGAGUACAGCGAGAAGGAGCACUGCAAUGAUCUGCUAAAAAGAGCGGAGGCAGAGAAUUUAUUUAAGAACCCUGUAAUGGCAUUUCUCGCUACAUCGAGCAGCAUAAUCUUCUGGUGCAUCCAUUGGUUGGCAAAGGCGCUGAUUGUGUUUGCUGGCAUCUUUAUGAUUAUUACGUUCAUAUUUCCACAUAAAAUUAUUGGACUUCUCAACCGCUUUUUGGAUCGGCAGAAUGUGGAGCAGUAUUUCAAGGAUGAAUUGUAGAUUGUGCUGAAAAUAAUAACUGUUCAUGGUGUUCUCGUUGGAUUACUAAGUAAACGAGCUAAAUUAAUAAGAUUAAACUAACUACCUAACGAUUUUAGCGGGCACACAAAAUUACUUUACUUCGUUUUGGUGCAAAAUUGUGUAUUUACUUCUCUAAAGAUUGUUUUUAAAAGCACAUAUGUUCAGAUUUGGAUUUUG